AUGCAUUGCGGCGACUCACCGAAACCGAGGAGCCAUCAUCCGUCUGCACCGGUAAAGUGUCAACAGAGCUUCACUCGCUUCGAGAGCUGUGACCGCUUCGACUGCUGCGAGGAUACCUUCUUCAGCAAGUGCGAGUAUUCGACCGAAGAGUCGAUGGAGACGGGUAACGGUAACGGUCACGGACACGGCCACGGCCACGACGCGGACUUCGACACGAGGUCUUACCAUCGUCGGCGUCCGUGGCUGAAUCAUCAGCUACAUCGCAAGUAUUAG